CCUUUUCCUCGAGCUAGUUUUACAGAAACAGCUCUGAGCUGCAAACCGUAGCUGAGCUACGAUGCUCCCUGUUCUCAUCCACCGGGGAAACGAAAAAAACAGAGGCGAAGCUUCGUGUUGUCGGGACGGACGUCGUAACACCGAGCAGACAAAGACGAGCCUGGUGAGAGACCUGUGUGAGUGUUUCCUGUAAGCCGGGGGCCGCUGCCGGAGAGCUGGGCUCCGACAGGGCGGGGUGAUGUUUAGGUUCCGGUAUAAAGGCAGCGAGAAAAUGGGAACCAGACGAGAUGUGGAACCGGUCGCCGACGCUGUCGUUUUAUAUCGGAGACUAGAAUGAGAAGUUUACUGUCGUGGUGUAACAGGGCGGCGGUGUAACCGUCUGGGGAGGCCGCUGGCGGGUGGGGGGAGAAGCGUGUCUCUGCGGCGUCCCACCACCUCCCUGUCCGUCAAUAACAUGAGGACGCUAUUUACACUCUGUUGUCUCUUCCUCAUCACCGGCGGAGCGGACCGGGCGUGGGCCACCGGAAACCUCACAGUCGACAGCAGCGACCAGAGCAACCUGACGGCCGACAGCGGCACCAGGUACAUCAGAAUUGGGGACGGAUCGUCGCAGGAAUUUGAGUUUCCUGAAAACACCAACGGCGUGAUUGUAAUUUCCAGCCAGUACCGGAGCGCCGCGGCCAACAGGAAGGGCCGCCAGAGCUGGAAGCAGACGGUCAAAGUCCGCUCCCUGGACCCGGAGGUUCUCUCCAUCCUUAAUGUCACGGACAGCGGCCACACAGGUCCGGCCAAGAGCUACAUUAUCAGCAUCCGCUCCGGGUUCCCCGGCAGGGCUCAGCUGCAGAUCCAGCUACUGGACCUGGACCAGGACUCGGUGCCGGUUCUGAUCGAAGAGAGGACGGAUUAUUCCAUCAGAGUGGCGCCUGGUAACGAUGACCCGGCCACCCGGCUCAUCCAGUCGGGUGGCCUGUCCCAUUUCUCUGAGAACCCUGUGCUGUUUGCCUUGCUGCCCCUCAUCUUCGUCAACAAGUGUGCCUUCGGCUGCAAGGUGGAGGUGGAGGUCCUGCGGGGUCUGCUGAAGAGCCCCGUGCCUCUGCUCCUAGGAGUGCUGGGCCAGUUCCUGGUGAUGCCGCUGUACGCUUACUGUGUGUCCCGGCUGGCGUCACUGCCCAAACCGCUUUCUCUGGGCCUGGUCAUCACCUGCUCUGCUCCAGGUGGUGGGGGCGGCUACCUGUACAGCCUGCUGCUGGGUGGGGAUGUCACCCUGGCUAUCUCCAUGACCCUGGUCUCCACAGUGGUGGCAGCAGCAGCCAUGCCUCUGUCAUCAGCUCUGUAUGGCCGGUUGCUAGGGGUGCACGCCGCCCUCCAUGUGCCGUUCGUGAAGAUCCUCGGCACCCUCCUGUUCAUCGCCAUUCCCAUCUCUCUGGGCAUGCUGGUGAAGCUGCGCCUACCCGCUCUCACGCGCGUCCUGCUCGCACUCAUACGACCCUUCAGCUUCGUGCUCAUCAUAGGUGGCAUCUUCAUGGCCUACCAAAUGGGUGCGUCCAUCCUGGCCAACGUCAGGCCCCAGAUUGUGGCGGUGGGAGUGACGGUGCCUUUGCUGGGGCUGGUGGUCGGGGCCGUGCUGGCAAAGCUGGCGGGUCUGGCCCCACCGCAGAGGAAGACGGUCAGUAUCGAGGUGGGCGUCCAGAACAGCCUGCUGGCCCUCGCCGUCAUGCAGCUGUCUUUUCGCCGGGCAGAGGCCGACUUCGCAUCCCGCCCCUUCAUCGUGGCCCUCAGCAGCACCUCAGAGAUGCUGCUCAUCGUUCUGGGAUACUUUGCCCAGAGAAGGUUGUGUGGUUCUGCCGUCCCCAGGAGUGACGCCUGAUUGUAGCUGCAGUUUUUUGCUCUGAACUUUUUGAAGAAUGAACUCUUUCAAACCUGUGGAAAUGUGGUGUCCCCACUGUCUUGGCUAUAAGAUGCCCAACAAUCACCAAUCCAGUCAUCACUGUUGUUGUACACAGGACUUUUUGUGAUUUUUUUUUUUUUUUUUUUUUUUGGUCGUCGUUUUGGUAUUUUUCAUGAAAACCAAAGGCCUUUUACCCCUCUGAGACCUUUUUGUGUUUAUUUUACACUAUGUACUUUUUAAAAUCAGAUUAUACUGUGAGGUACUAAAUGUAAAUAUUCCUAAAAAGAGAAAUACCUAUAAAAGAAAAGAUAUUUUUCUACCAGAUUACUUUUUGUAAUCAAAAAAGAAAAAAAAAUUGAUUUGUAUCAUGUUUACAAGAGGUCCAUGUGUCUUAGCCCGGGGGAGGAUUGUGUGAAUCAGACGGGAACAUGAUGAUGUUUUGAAAGUACUUGCUACUGAUUGUGUUUCCUGGAUUUGCAAAUCCAUGUACUUGAAUAUUACAGAGAGGAAAUGAAGAAAAAGUCAAUAAAAACAUUGUCAAAGCAGAA